UAUAUGCCUUGAACACUAAAAAUGACGAGCAUGAAUCUGCCAUUCAGGCCCUCAAAGAUGCUCACGAAGAAGAAAUCCAACAAAUUCUUGCUGAAACAAGAGAAAAAAUAUUACAAUAUAAAAGCAAAAUAACAGAGGAGUUAGACCUUAAGAGAAAGAUCCAGGUUUUAGAAGCAUCACUGGAAGACCACAUAAAGAUGAAGCAGCAGGCUCUGACAGAGUUUGAAGCUUACAAGCACAGAGUUGAGGAUAUGCAGCUUUGUGCAGAAGCCCAGCAUGUCCAGCGCAUAGUAACCAUGUCUAGGGAGGUGGAAGAGAUUAGAAGGAAAUUUGAAGAAAGAUUACAGAGUUUUGGACAGCUCCAAGUACAGUUUGAAAAAGACAAAAGGUCAGCAUUGGAAGAUUUGCAGACUGCUCACAGACGGGAGAUCCAAGAGCUGUUGAAGUCCCAGCAGGAUCACAGUGCCUCCGUGGGUAAGGGGCAGGAGAAGGCAGGGGACCCGCACCGAGCGGAGGUGGAGACCUUAAACAAAACCCUAGAAAAGCUGAGACACGAACAGAAAAAGCUGAUUGAGGAUUAUGAAGGCAAGUUGAAUAAAGCUCAGACCUUUUAUGAACGGGAGCUUGAUACUUUGAAAAGAUCGCAGCUUUUUACCGCAGAAAGCCUGCAGGCUAGCAAGGAAAAGGAAGCUGACCUUAGAAAAGAAUUUCAGGCCCAAGAGGCAGUUCUACGAAAAACCAUAGGGAAAUUAAAGACAGAGUUACAGAUGGUACAGGAUGAAGCCGGAAGUCUCCGUGACAAAUGCCAAAAACUUCAGGUAGCCCUUGUCACAGCGGAGAACAGUGUUCAGGGUCUUCAGAAACAGCUUGAUGAUGCCAAGCAGGGAGAGGUGGCCUUACUGAGCAAGUACAAGGAAGUGGAGAGUGAGCUGGCAGCAACCAGAGCGCGUGUGCAGCAGCAAGCUUCCGACCUUGUCCUCAAAGCCAGUCAUAUUGGAAUGCUUCAAGCAACUCAAAUGACCCAGGAGGUUACAAUUAAAGAUCUAGAAUCAGAAAAAUCAAGGGCCAAUGAGAGAUUAUCUCAGCUUGAAGAAGAAAGAGUUUUUUUGAAAAGCAAAACUCAGAGUCUGGAUGAAGAGCAGAAGCAGCAGGUUCUGGAACUGGAGAAGAAGGUAAAUGAAGCAAAGAAAACUCAGCAAGAAUAUUAUGAGUUGGAGCUAAAAAACCUGCAGAAUAGAUUGGAAGGGGAAGUGGCUCAAUUAAAUGAGGCCCAUUCGAAGACUUUGGAAGAAUUGGCUUGGAAGCACCAUAUGGCAAUUGAGGCUGUCCACAGUAAUGCAAUUAAGGAUAAGAGAAAACUGCAAAUGGAAUUGGAGGAACAAUAUAAAAAGGAGAAAGCAAACCUGGAAGAGGGUAAGAGUCAGCUUCAGCUGGAGCUGGAAGGCCUGAAGAAAGAACUGGAACACAAGCUGUGCACAGCCAGUCAGGAGGUUGGUCGCCUCCAAGACCUGGUAAGGAAAAGUGAACAAGGUCUGGGCUCUGCGGAAGGACUCAUUGCUGGUCUUCAAGGCUCCCAAGAAAGACUUCAGAAUGAGCUCGACUUGACUAAAGGCAGGCUGAAGGAGACCAAGGAUGCUCUAUUAAAUGUUCAGAGUGAGCUAGAACAAGAAAGGCAACAGCAUGAAGAAACGCUUGCUGCCCUGAGAGGAGAGGAGAAGCUCAGAGUGGACAAAAUGGCCCAUGACUUAGAAAUAAAAUGGACUGAAAAUCUUAGACAAGAGUGUUGUAAACUUCGUGAAGAGCUAAGACUUCAACACGAAGAGGAUAAGAAGGCGGCUAUGUCUCAACUUCUGCAGUUAAAAGAGCGAGAGAAAAAUGCAGCCAGGGACUCGUGGCAGAAGAAAGUAGAAGAUCUCUUAAACCAGAUCUCGUUGCUGAAACAGAACCUGGAGCUGCAGCUCUCCCAGUCUCAGACCUCUUUGCAGCAACUGCAAGCCCAGUUCACACAAGAACGACAACGACUUACACAGGAGCUUGAAGACUUAGAGGAACAACAUCAGCAGAGACAUAAGUCUCUAAAAGAAGCGCAUGUCCUUGCAUUUCAGACUAUGGAAGAAGAAAAGGAAAAGGAACAAAGGGCUCUUGAAAAUCAUUUACAACAAAAACAUUCUGCAGAGCUUCAAUCAUUAAAAGAUGCACACAGAGAGUCAAUGGAAGGCUUCCGGAUAGAAAUGGAACAGGAACUUCAGACUCUUCGGUUUGAAUUAGAAGAUGAAGGAAAGGCUAUGCUUGCUUCUUUACGCUCAGAACUAAACCAUCAACAUGCAGCUGCUAUUGAUUUGUUACGGCAUAAUCAUCAGCAAGAAUUGGCAGCCGCUAAAAUGGAAUUAGAGAGAAGCAUAGACAUCAGCAGAAGACAGAGUAAGGAGCACAUGUGCAGAAUAACAGAUCUCCAGGAGGAAUUAAGGCACCGAGAGCAUCAUAUCUCUGACUUGGAUACAGAGGUACAGCACCUUCAUGAAAAUAUAAGUGCCCUGACCAAAGAGCUGGAAUUUAAAGGGAAAGAAAUUCUCAGGAUACGAAGUGACUCUAACCAGCAGAUGAGGUUGCAUGAACAAGAUUUAAACAAGAGGCUUGAGAAAGAGCUGGAUGUCUUGACAGCAGACCACCUCAGAGAGAAAAAUGUCAUGCGGGCAGAUUUUAAUAAGACUAACGAGCUACUCAAGGAAAUAAAUGCAGCUUUGCAAGUGUCACUAGAAGAAAUGGAAGAAAAAUAUCUAAUGAGAGAAUCAAAACCUGAAGAUGUACAGAUGAUUACAGAAUUAAAAGCCAUGCUUACAGAAAGAGACCAUGUCAUAAAGAAACUAAUUGAGGAUAAUAAAUUUUAUCAGCUGGAAUUAAUCAAUCGAGAAACUAACUUCAACAAAGUGUUUAAUUCAAGUCCUACUGUUGGUGUUAUUAAUCCAUUGAUUAAGGGACUGUCCUCACGUGUGUUAUUUUUAAUGCAGCAAAAGAAGAAGAAUGAUAAAUCACCAACAAACAGGUUUGUGAGUGUUCCUAAUCUAAGUGCUCUGGAAUCUGGUGGAGUGGGCAAUGGACAUCCUAACCGCCUGGAUCCCAUUCCUAAUUUUCCAAUCCACGACAUUGAGUUCAACAGCAGCAAGCCACUUCCACAGCCAGUGCCACCCAAAGAGCCCAAGACAUUUUUGAGUCCUCCUCAGAGUGAAGCUUCCCCGGCGGCUUCUCCAGAUCCCCAGCGCCAGGAGUGGUUUGCCCGGUACUUCACAUUCUGAAAGAAUUGGGUUGGCACAGCUCUGAGUGGACUGUUACUAAGAGCAUGACCUUGCAUAAUGAAGAACAGGCCUUCCUAUGUCAAACACUGUGAACGAGAAAGUAUUUGUCUCUCCGAUCUGAAAAUGCACUGUAUUACCUGUGAUAUUGGAAUCAUUCUUAUGCGGUACUAUGUUAUGUGUGUAAUUAUAAUAGUUAUUUUUAAUUGAGAUGGAAGAGUCUUUAACCUUUGUAAUUACUGCAUAAUAAAUUUUGUUAGAACAAACAA